AUGAGUGUCACAAUCCACCCCAGGGAGCCCCCACCAAUGGGCGAGCUGGCAACGAUCAUCCAAAAGUCCCUAGAAUCCAACUUUACAACCGCCACAGCCCGCGUCGUCGAGUGUCCAGAUCUCCGUCAACCCCCCUUCAACCUCGCCGCAGCCGGGCUCUCUGGAAACCCCUGUAUCGCCGAUAUCGGCGGACAGCCCAACCUAUUCCCUACCCCGAACCUCAACGCCACAUACUCACUUCUAUCGCUCGCGAAGGACAUGCAGAUGUCUCCCUCGGGGGGCUCUCUAAUCGGCGCGGGCGCGGCCCCGUUCCAAGACCUUGGGCACAACGCCGAGCUCGCGCCGAAUAUAGCCUGGGCUUCGGAAGAGGAUUCGACGCUUACACCGGAUUUUGAUCAACCGGAUUCACUGCGGGUGAUUAAUAACACGCGAGUUAUAGAGGUUAAUCGGGAGGGCUUGUCGUCGUGUCAGCAUGCGGAUACUGCGAACUGUGCGCUGAUGAUGAAUUUGUAUGGGUCGACUGGGGAGGCGGGUCCGGUACUUAAGAUCUCGGCGAGGGGGCGGGUCGGGGAAUUGAAUUUCACCAAUUGUAUACGGCUUGGGCUAAGGGAGUUCUAUGGGGAUUCAAAUCCGAUUAGUCUUGGUGGAGUAUUUCUGCUUAAGGCUGGGAAGGCUAAGUUCCAUGUUAUGCCUGAUUUCCCGAAGGAGUUACCCUUCCGUGAUCGAGAGCAGCUGGAGAAAGAGUGGCUUACUUAUCAUGUGUUUGAUGCGCCGGUUGUUUGUUUGACGGUGAUGCAUAGUGCUGAUCCCGAGAAUUUGGGGUUGCGGAUGGAGCAUACUCAUUGCUUUGAUGCUGAGGGUGGUCGCAAAGGUGGGCACUACCAUUAUGAUGUUGCUGGGGAGGAAGAGGUGGAGUAUGAGGCCUAUUUUCACCCGGCUUCUAUACUUUAUAGGAUUGAUCAACCCCAGUGA